AUGUCUGCGCUGUGGGAAAGUGUUUCGUGGCCCACUUCCAUCACCAAGUUAUUUCAAGAUACCUACGCUCACGAGACAUCAAACACAGAUGAGUCAGACGAAAGCGAUGGCGAAGGCCAAGAGCUUGGAGAAGGGGACACGGGGAGCGACAGUCGUAACCAGCACGAUCAUGACGACAAUAUCAACAGCGAGAACGAAGCCCAGGAGAGGACAAACAGAUGUGACGAGGAGUACGACGGCAAUGAUACCCACGAGAACGAUGAAGAUGGCAAGGAGGGCGAAGUGUACUCACAUGGAGGGCAUGGCACAAACGAGGACGUAAGUGAGAAAGAUGCAUCACGCUCGCAUAGCGUAGGUGGGGCCAUAAGUGACAACCCAGCCGGAAAUAUAGAACACGGCAGUGGCGAUGAAGCUAGUGACGACGAAGACGACGACGGUUUCUACGACCCGGUGCACUGCGUUAUACGCGGGCCCGUCGCCCUCCGCACCGCAGACCUCAACGUGCACGAGCUCGUACGUGAACCCCGCCUCCGCGCGCAGGGUUACGUAGUUCAAGCCGACCGCGCGACCCGGCGCGGGCGCGAGCCCGGACUCGCUCUGCGCAGUGAGCUCCGUGAGGGCGUGCAGGGCUUACGAGAGGCGGUCCCAGACCUGUGCCCACACGCGGCGCGGCGGCCGUGA